AUGCAGGUGGGAGAGGCCAGCGAAGCUUGCCCGGCCUCCUUGGCCUCGAUCUUCGGCGUGCGCAGCGCCCGCGUCGUGUCGGCGGUGGCCGGGCGGGGCGAGGACGAGUUGUGGGAGUAUUGCUGGGCUUGCGCGCAGGCCGGCCGCGCAGCCCCGGGGGCGACGGCGGCCGCCCCGCCGGGCGCGGCGCGGCGAGGGGCCGCGCGGGGCGCCGGGGCCAGAGAGGCGCGUGGCUGCCGGUGGCCCAGUCGCUCCGCAGGAUGCACACGAUGCUCGUCGGCGAAGAAGGCCAAUGCGCGAAGCAGUCUGCAGGUCGCCUCGGGUGGCUAG